UCAACCAUGGCCUCGGACCACCAGAACCCGGCGGGGAAGGGCUACCAUCUCAGCCCCAAGCUUGUCGUCUUUGAGCAGGAGAACUUCCAGGGCCGCUCGCAGGAGCUCAGCGGGCCCUGCCCCAGCCUGAAGGAGACCGGCCUGGACAAGGCAGGCUCCGUCCUGGUGCAGGCCGGACCCUGGGUGGGCUACGAACAACCCAACUGCAAGGGGGAGCAGUUUGUGCUGGAGAAGGGUGAGUACCCGCGCUGGGACGCGUGGACCAGCAGCCGGAGGACCGACUCUCUCAACUCCCUGAGGCCCAUCAAAGUGGACAGCCAAGAGCACAGGAUCACCCUCUACGAGAACCCCAACUUCACGGGCAAGAAGAUGGAGGUGAUGGACGAUGACGUGCCCAGCUUCCACGCUCACGGCUUCCAGGAGAAGGUGGCGUCCGUGCGGGUGCAGAGCGGCGCGUGGGUCGGCUACCAGUACCCCGGCUACCGCGGACAGCAGUUCCUGCUGGAGAAGGGCGACUACAAGGACAGCACCGACUUUGGGGCCCCCCACCCCCAGGUGCAGUCACUGCGUCGCAUCCGUGACAUGCAAUGGCACCAGCGAGGCACCUUCCACCCCUCGAACUAG